AUGCAGGACGCUCGAGUGGAUGGCAACUUCGGAAAUUAUGAGGGCAUAGGUACCGAAGAGGGCCCCAAGCCAAAAACAUGCGACGGCUACGAACCUCUCAAGAUUUCACGCCGAGAAUUCCUCAAAAGUUCAACGGAUCUUACUUCCUCAGUCCGCUCCCAAUCAGAUGUCUUCUUCUCAUUGAUCAAAUUGAUCAGGGAAGCGCACAAUAUCACCCUUCUAGGACCCACCGGCUCCAAGAGAUUCGAGUCUUAUCACACCAACCACAUGGCAGGAGUAACCUCGCUAUCAACACUCGGCAUAUUGCGCUACUCAAAGCACGAAGAAGGCACUAAACCUACAAGAGUAGGCCACAACAAGCACACUGACGUCGGUACUCUCACCUUCGUGCUUGCUAGACAAUGGGGUCUUCAAUUCCUCUCCCCAGUCACUAAACAAAGGGAAUUUCUCGAACCCCGGGCUAGCCACGCCAUCACCAACUCUACGCUUUCCAUCUGGGGGAGGGCUAGCGAGCGUUGUGCACCGCGUGUUCCGCUCAAGCAAAGACAAGACGUGGAUCGGUAUAGCAUUGCAGAUUUCUUGCGCCCGAACGAUGAUGUGAAAUUCGGUGACUCGAAUGAAAAGGCUUGGACGGCAAAGGAGUGGCACGAUCUCAAAUUCAACGUAUUGAAGAGUCCAAGUACCUUGGAUGCGAAAGGGCAAUUUUGA